UCAUCGUUUGUGAAAUCAACAAAAAAAUUCCAUUGCUUGCAGCUCUUAUACCAGCAGAAUGUCUGACGAUGUGAAGAAGGAUGUUAGGUUAUCGCUGAACGUGAUGAUUCACAAAGAGAAAGCUAAGGUACUCUUCGCAGAAGCCGAUAGCCAUUUUGUUGACAUAUUGCUAAGCUUCUUAACUUUGCCGUUGGGGAGAAUUGUCAAAGUCCUCAACAACCACUAUGGAGACGAUGCAGAGGCAGCCACCAUUGGAAGCUUAAGCUGUUUGUACCGUAGCUUAGCAAAUCUCGAUAGCUCCCAUUUCGUGACUAAAGGUGCUAAGCAGACUCUGCUCAAUCCAACUAGUUCCUUCGAAGUUGCAUACGAAAAGCUGAAAUUGGAUGUCAGUGAUUCUCCACCUGCUGAGUAUUUCUACUGCACCAAAGUAAAUCAUCAUGAAUUUCGUUGUGUAAGCGCCUAUUAUGAUAAAAUUAAUUAUUGCCACGAAUGUAGAUGUUUUGGUAUGAUGAGUAAAAAAGUAGUGCCGAAGAAAAUUCAAGCUGCUGCUUCCAGUGAUGGAGUCUUCACUCUCCACAAAGAUUCUUUCAUAAUCUCUGACGAUCUGCGGAUCUUGCCCAAUGAGACGGGAAUUUUAGGAAUCAUCGCCAUUCUCGGCAUUGCAGACAUGGAUGAGGCUGAGAUAAUCAAAGUCGAUUUAGGGCUCAGUGAGAUUACGAAGCUUUUAAAGGCAUCCUUGACGUCUCCAACUCCAUUAUCGGAUCUCAUCAUGAAUAAAACGCAAGAGAUGAACAUAAACUCUAGAAUGAUGGAAUCUGGUCAUCCAAAUAUGUCCUUACCUGAGAUUGCAAGGGAAGAAAAUCCCAAGUCUAGGAAAUUGAGUUUGAAAGUGAUGAUACAAAAGUCUUCGGGUAAGUUUUUGUAUGCUCAAGCUAAUCAAGAGUUUGUGGAGUUCCUAUUUAGUUGCCUCAAUAUUCCGCUAGGAGGAGUUGAGCAUCUUCUUUCCGGUAAGGCUUGCGUUACGGCUAUAGACAACUUGUACCGGAGCACUCUCGAUGUUAUAGAUGACAAGUAUUUCACGACAAAUACUAUGAAAGAGAGACUAACGAAACCUAAUGUGGUUCAUGGUUGUAUUUCCAAACACCACAUUCUUCCCCUCGUUGAAGAGCCGUUGCCUUUUGCUUACUAUGAUGAUUGUUACUUUUCUUCUUCUAAGUUAUACAAAGGCCCCGGGCGUUAUCUUGAAGGACCGCGAACUUAUCAGGUGAAGGAUGAUUUAACCGUGGUGCCCUUUUGUACUGUCUCGAUUCUUUCCAGUCUCAGGGCGAAGAGAGUCUCCAUAUCUGAUGUCGAAGAAGUGGAGAUGCAAAUCGGACUCAAAGAGGCUUGUAGCAUAUUGAAAGCCUCUCUUACUUCUACUACUGCUCUCACUGAUGCUCUCUUGACUCACAACAAAUCGCUUGAACAACCAAAGGGAGAAGAAGUCUGAGUGUGAUCCAUGCUUCCAAAUAUUGUUUUGCUGUUGCUGCAUGUUGCAAUGUCAAUGGUGCUUCAUUUUUCUUUUUUAUUUUUAAAUUAUGUAUGGUGCAUCAUUUGGAUCUUUUGUCAAUUUGCAGUGUUCAUUCUCUUCUGGAAUGACUUAAUUUAUGGAGUCCUGUAACUCCUGUUCCAUGUUAUCCGUGUA